ACCAGCUCCAAACGUGGCCUGAGUGAACCGGCAAGAGAAGCACUUUCUCAUAUGGAGGCUUUGAGGGCUGAACCUGUUGCUGAAGGUGAGAUGCCAGCAUCCAGUGUGCACCUUGUGUCGAAGGUGCUGUCCCAGAGCAGCUCACACCAAUUCCUGAAAAGCGUCGGCAUCAAAACAUCGGCAACCUCCAAGGCUUCAUCAUCAAAUCAUAGUGAGCUUCGGGAACAACUUGCAGCUGAAGCGACGGCUGCUGUUCAAGGUGAACUCGACCAGCUCAGGAAGAAAUGUGAAGAAGCUGAGGAACAGCAGGCGAGGACACAAAUGGAGUUGGAGGAGUACAAGAAGAUAACAGAGAAGAACAGCAAGGAGAUGGAGGAGACCAAUGUGCUCAUCAAGAAGCUCUUGUCCUUGCAUGGUAACUCUUCUUCGACAUGAGGGCUGCUAGUCAGAGCUGCUGUUUUUGGCCUGUUCUUUGACAUGAGGGUACCCAAAAACUCUAGUUGCUCGUGGGUGUCAACUUUUGAUUAUAUGCUGUUAUGUUUGUGCAAACUCAACUGAAAUGUGAACUCAAGUGGUGAUGCUAUGAACUGAGUUUAGUGUUGUCCACUUAGU